UGUUAACAUAUUCACUCGUGUAUUGAUCAUUUUUGACAUAUAAAGGCAGAAAUACUGUAAACAACUUGUGCCACCUGCUCGCUUCGAGUAGCUUGGUAUCGAAUGGUUGCAAUACACAAUGAAUAGAAGCGAAUCUUCAACCGGAAGGAGAACUCGUCUCUGUGGUAACCGACGUCAACACUGAGGAGAAGAUGUCGUCUGCAGCUGACUGAUCAACGGACAAACACUGCAGAACAGAGAUGACAUCCAUACAGAUGAAGCCCCCCGAGUCGGCCCUGGUUCCUCUGUUUCUGGGCCAGCAGAGAUGUAACAUCACCUUCAUCGUGGAGAGCUCAGAGGAGAUGAGAGCUGCUCUGGGAUCAGUGAAACGUCUGCUGAUCCAGACGCUGCUGACGAAGGCUUCACACAGAGACUCUCUGUUCAACAUCAUGACGUACUCAGGAGAGUUUACCUCCUGGUCUCAUCACAUGCUCCCCUGUGCUCCUGACACGGUCUACAUAUCUCUGUCCUGGAUCCACUCCAUCACCUGCAGCCCUGGCAGAGACCUCCUGGCGGCCCUGAGCGUGGCCCUCACUGACCCUGCCUGCCACGCCGUCCACCUCCUCUGCAAGGAGCUCCCCGAGCAGUCAGAGGCCGUGCUGAGAGCCCUGCCUGCUCUGGCAGCUGGGAGACCUGUGAACAUGUUCUACCUGCUGGACUCACACACCCUGCUGGACACCAGGACAAGAGACUUCCUGCAGGGUGUGACUCAGACCACAAGAGGGAGCUGUUAUGUGAUUCCAGUUGGUUUGAAUGGAGUGCUGGAGAAGGCAGUCCCUCUGUGUGUUGUAGGAAAUCAAUCACUGGUGCUAACAGACCCUCCAGUGAAGUGCUGUCCGCCCUCUUCAGGCUUCAGCCCACACAACACGUCAUCACCUCUGCUCAGGUGCAGUCUGGGUAAUCCUUCACGUCCAGGAACCUCCUGCAUGAUGUCCAGUCAAACCCUGAGGAGUCCAGAGUUUUUCCCAGGAUGCCGAGUGCUGGCCAGGAGGGAGGUGGACGGCUUUUACUACUCGGGUACUUUGAUACAGCAAGUACAGGGCUGUGGAGGAGUUUGGGUCGUCCAAUUUGACCACCCAGGAAGCUCCAGUUUGGGGGUCAUCCCCUCCCAGAGGCAGCUGGUUUACACCCCAGACAUGGUGACCCACACCAGAGCUCACACGGGCUGUUUGGUACCCGGUGAUGCUGUCCUGACGCCAUGGGAGCCGGAUCUGAAGAGAUACGGGCCGGGGAGAGUGACGGUCACCACAGAGCGGAGAGAUGGUUUUGGAGUUGAUGGUGUCACGAGUCUGCGGGUGCUGAUGUGGGACGGCUCUGUGUCUCUGGUUCCUGGCAGCCUGGUGUCGCCCAUUUCAGCUCCUCAACACGACAAAAUAGUCAGAGAGCUCCAAAUCCUCAAACCACAAACACCAGGUCGAAGCUGCGGCUGGCUCUGUGCUAACAGCUCCUCCUGCACUCCACGUCAGCUCCUCUGCAGCUCCUGGUGUCCGUCUGCAUCCUGCUGCAGGGAGAGCAUGCUUCCAACCAGGUGUAGGUCCAGCUUUGGAAGAACUGAUGGAUUUGAGAGCCCAGAACAGAGGAAACACGUGGACCUAAGUGAUACAGAUGUACCUGCCUCCUCCACGACCUCUUUGUCUCCGUCUGAUGAUGACAGCAGAGCGGUGAAGCUGGGGAGCAAAGAGCAGCGUCCUCCCUGGAGGUACUGGAGAAGAACUGGAUCAGAGCCACAACACAGACAGCCAGGGAGUGCAGCAGUGCCAAAGAGGACACCACAACCUGUGAGGUUCAGUUUCCCAGUCCCUCAGCUCAGCGCUUCGCCCAAUCACAGCUCUCUGUUUCAGUCACUUCCUGGUGCUAAAGGGAAAAGAGUGAACAUCAGAGACGCUUUUGGAGCGACGAACUUCAAACCUCGACCUCCAGGAGGGCUGCGGCCAUUCUCUGCCAACAAUGCUACUUCUGUUUACACCUAAACAUCACAGAUUAACCUUUUUAUAUAUACGAGUACAAAGAUGAUGCAAACACAGAGUUUAUUAAAAUACUUUAUUAGUACACUGAUGAGGCAUUAGUGCAGGUAAACAUACUUUUAAGUGCUUUCAAAGAUUAAAAUCUACAUGAUAAAAUACUCGUUUA